UGCGGCAUUCUUCCUCGGUGUGGGAGGUCCGGCCAUCUCUGCUCUUUGUCUCUGGAGGAGACCGCACCUCAAGAGGAAAGACUGUGGAGGAAUAUCUAAGAAAGGGUUGAGGAACGGAGUGUUUUAAGGGGGCUGCGACAACGCGGCAGCCUCAACCCCCCGAGCGGCGCGCCCUGCCGCCUCGGUAGCUGUCAUGGCCGCCCUGACCACGUGAUCGGCUCCCGCAGGCCUGGUUUCCGUCGCUGAAGUUCGGUAAUCCGGGCUGUGCGACUCCCUCCCUUUCUCGUUUGCGGACUCGGACACUGCCUUUUUUUCCUCUGGAGGGGUGCUGUACAGACAUCGAGAAAUCCACGGGUUAGGUGGCAGCCUCGAUCCGACUGUCGUGCUGGUGGCUUCAAAGGCACCCUUCCUUGCACCUGCAGGUGGGUGUGUCGUCCUUCUACCCCGCCCUUCGAAUUCUUGAAAACUGGAGUGCGGGUGUCUGACCGGACAGAUUGGGCAGGGGCAGAGAACACGGUACUUACCCUCUUCGGUUCUGAGGAAAAACACCUGGAGAGAAUGACACAUUGGUUUCAUAGGAACCCAUUAAAAGCCACAGCUCCCGUCCCUUUUAACUAUUAUGGCGUAGUCACUGGCCCUGCUGCUUCAAAAAUUUGCAGUGACUUGAGAUCAUCUAGAGCACGACUGCUUGAAUUGUUCACUGAUUUGAACUGUAAUCCACAAAUGAUGAAGAAUGCAGCAGAUUCAUACUUUUCACUUUUACAAGGUUUCAUUAACUCAUUGGAUGAAUCUACCCAAGAAAGCAAGUUACGAUAUAUUCAAAAUUUCAAGUGGACUGAUACAUUACAGGGACAGGUUCCAAGUGCCCAGCAGGAUGCUGUUUUUGAAUUAAUUUCCAUGGGAUUUAAUGUAGCUUUAUGGUAUACCAAAUAUGCUUCAAGACUGGCUGGAAAAGAAAACAUAACAGAGGAUGAAGCAAAAGAAGUCCAUCGAAGCUUAAAAAUUGCAGCUGGGAUUUUUAAACAUUUAAAGGAAAGUCACAUUCCAAAAUUAAUUACACCUGCAGAGAAGGGGCGAGAUUUAGAGGCACGACUCAUAGAAGCUUACAUUAUCCAGUGUCAAGCUGAAGCUCAAGAAGUAACAAUUGCUCGAGCAAUUGAACUGAAACAUGCUCCUGGACUAAUUGCUGCCCUGGCAUAUGAAACAGCCAAUUUCUAUCAAAAAGCUGAUCAUGCUUUAUCCAGUUUGGAGCCUGCAUACUCUGCUAAAUGGAGAAAAUAUCUUCACUUGAAAAUGUGUUUCUACACAGCUUAUGCUUAUUGUUAUCAUGGUCAGACUUUGUUGGCUAGUGAUAAAUGUGGUGAAGCAAUCAGGUCUCUUCAAGAGGCAGAAAAAUUUUAUGCAAAGGCAGAAGCAUUAUGCAAAGAAUAUGGAGAAACCAAAGGCCCUGGACCAACAGUCAAACCUUCAGGACACUUGUUCUUUAGGAAACUUGGAAAUGUUGUGAAGAACACCCUUGAAAAAUGUCAGAGAGAAAAUGGAUUUAUUUACUUUCAAAAAGUUCCAACAGAAGCCCCACAACUGGAACUCAAAGCAAAUUAUGGUCUCGUAGAACCUGUACCUUUUGAAUUUCCUCCUACAAGCGUGCACUGGACACCAGAAACGUUGGCUGCUUUUGAUCUCACCCAAAGACCCAAGGACGACAGUGCUAAACCCAAACCAGAAGAAGUGGUGAAACCUGUGAAAGAACCAGAUAUCAAACCUCAAAAGGACACUGGGUGCUACAUCUCCUAAAAUACAUUGAUAGAGUGUGCACUUUGAAUUUUCUUCCAGAUAAGAUAAACCAUGGAACUUCAUCUUUCUUGAAAUGAUUUCUCUGAAGCCUGUAGAUUAAUUUAGUACAUUCAGAGGGAAUCUGCCUUCAGUUUAUUUGUUCUUGAUUUUUAACACAGUGGAAGUGUUUCAUGCUUUGUUUCCAAACUCCUUUUUAAUCAGGACAGCCUGUGAAAAAUUUUUAUUGUGCUUCUAAAGGGCAUAUUUGGGGGUUGGGUUUUUCUUCCUGAACUCUGGGUAGUAGUAAGUUUCAGGUUAAUACACUAUAGGCCAGAAUCAUGUGGUUUCAGGUGUGUUUUUCUAUCUUCACAAAAAAAAGUUUAUUUUCCUUCCUCUUAUUUGAUACCAGAAGCAUGACAGGAGUGAGUUUUUAACAGUUAACAGGAGUCAGUUUUUAACAGUUUUAACGUUAUGUCAGUUGUAGCACAGACUUGUUAUCUUCUGUGUCAGUUACCUUUUCUGGUUGG